UGCCAAUCCAUCGGCAUCCACCUACCCUGGGCCGCCCACCCCAGCGUUUCAGCGUCCUUGGCCCCUCGAUGAAACGACAUAACCACAGGAGCACUUGACCAACUUGACUGACGCGCCUGCAGGCCCAAUCCCAAUCCCAAUCUCAAUCCCCUCCUGUCGCCGUCCAAUCCCUUCUUGAUUCUUCCAGGUUGAUUCUUCCAAGUUCCUGGUUCUCCCUCCAGUUCCCAUUCAAUCUCUCAAAGUUCGCCCUUUGCCCUCUCGGCUGUCCUAGGCUUACCUACGUGCCUACUCAUCAUCCUUUCCCCCGACUUCGCUCGCGGCUCGUUCAAGGAGGCUGCCCAUCUGUGGAUUCCCCCUGUUUUCUUUUUUUCCCCUCCCGCUGCUGCGCUGCCGUGUCGUUCGUUACUCGAUACCCCCUUGCUCUCCAUUGAACAAGGAAACCGUUGGAGGAGAUAUUUCGGGACCCAAAGCCACACCCACCCGCCGUUGCAGCAAGCAGCAGCCAGCCAGUCACUUUGUUGGACACAACCACCACCCGCACCGAGUCUUGUUCUCUCUGCUUGCUGUGUUACCGCUGCCAACCUUGUGCACAUCCCUGAUCAUCCGCAUUGCUUGUGGCUUUUCAACUCAUUCUCCUGCCGCUCGCCCUCCUUCCCCUACCCCGUACGCAGUUCAUUGGGUACGACAGUCUUUCGGCUCGCGAGCCGCCCACCGAGAACGUUGAACUACAUCGAGCCUCGAAUUCGGCAAACUUGUCGAGAGACGAGAUUGGCCUGCGAUUUUAUGAGUCUUGGAAACAGGGCCACGGCCGCGCGCACUCGUCGUCGUUGACCGUCCUACACGCAUACUGUGGGAUCACCCUCGACGAGUCCACAUUCCAGUCACUACUGUGAUUUCUUGUUGCAAAAACACCAAUCAAGCAGUCGGGCGGCCUGGCCAUGGACCUGGCGCUGCAGCAACGGGAUGAGGUCGACCACAACACCGAGCUGACGCAUGCCAAACCCGACACGAGACCCGCUGCCGCCAACGCCAACGCCAACCAAGACGACGACGACCACCGGGAGACGACGCCCAAGAUGUUGGCCCACGAUUCCAUGGUCACUGUUAGGCUUUCCGAGCCGCCUACUCUGACCCUCGACACCAAUGUUGGCCCCGAUUCACCCCCGAGGAGGAGACCUAGCACUGUCAAGAUUGAAAAGCUUCCCUUUCCGACAGAGACGCUAGAGGUCAAGGCACAGAACCAGCCAGAGAACGAAACCGACGACACGCCACCGAGCGACCCCACGACGCCGUUACCUGUUACGAACGCUACUCGGAAUCUUCAAGACGAGCUUGUGGACUGCGAGGACGAAGCUGAAGAAGAGGGAGACCGCAUCACUUCACUACCAGCUAGGGGAACCCUACUCGAGACGCCCAUAGAAUUCAAGAGGCCUGUGGUGGACGAAGCCGAAGAGGACGACGAGGAGGAAGUCAACUGGGAGGAACUGCAGAAAUCCGAAGCACAAGAACCUAGGGACGCGGAUACAGACAGAUCUACAGCCAUGUUACUGGCUAUGCUUGAGCAGGAGAACGAUAAGUUGGCUACGAACCCCAAGACCAUCAAAGUUCAAGCCGUGGAACAAGUGGCCGCUUCCAAUCGCCCGAGACCGCCAUCAAUGGCACAAUUACGACACAUGGUCCACGGACCAACACCACCGGCCUUGCGAUACUCGAUGCUCCCGCCGCCACCAAUGACCGAUCUCGAGUUUUACGCCGCAUUGGUCAAGGACUAUCAACAAACGGCAGCUCGAUUGCCAACGCUUCUAUCGAACAAGAUACGCAAAGGCAUCCCCCCUCCGCUACGAGGUGUCGUAUGGCAAAGCAUGGCAGGCGCAAGAGAUUCCGCACUUGAGGAGCAGUAUGAGCGAUUCACGGGCGAGUCGAGUCCUUACGAGCCCAUUAUUGGCAAAGACCUUGGUCGAAGUUUCCCUGGAGUCGACAUGUUUCGCGACCCCGAAGGCGACGGACAACGCAUGCUCGGCCGGGUUCUCAAAUGCUUCAGUCUCUACGAUACGAAAAUUGGUUACUGUCAAGGGCUGGCAUUUCUUGUCGGCCCUCUUUUGAUGCACAUGCCCGAUAAACAGGCAUUCUGUGUUUUAGUCCGAUUGAUGGAACGAUAUGAUCUGCGAAGCUGUUUCCUGCCAGACCUGUCAGGACUGCAUGUCCGCAUCUACCAGUUUCGAGAGCUUCUUCGAGAGCACAUGACACCAGUAUCGAACCAUCUGGAGGAAUUGCAAGUCGAUCCGGCGUACGUUUCACAAUGGUUCCUCAGCUUUUUUGCUGUUACAUGUCCCCUGCCGAUGCUGUUUCGCAUCUACGAUGUCAUCUUUGCCGAGGGGGCCCCGGAGACCCUGAUGCGGGUCGCCCUAUCCCUGAUGCAGAAGAAUCAGGCCCGGAUUUUAGCGUGCACCGAGCUCGAGGAUGUCAUGCAACUUCUCCUUUCGAGGGGUCUGUGGGAUUGCUACCAUUACAACGCAGAUGAAUUUGUGCAGGACUUUGUCAGUUUAUCGGGCGUUGUCACCAGAGAGACAUUGCUACAGUUGGAGCAGGGGUACAGAGACGCGCAAAUUGCUAGCGCUAAUGCGGCGCGUUCCUCCGACGUGACCACUGCAGCCUCCCGAUUCCUCGGCCGCAUUUGGGCUUCCUCCACCAUCAUCUCCCCGAAGUCCUCCUCCACCCUCAGCCCGGGCCUCACCGCUCCGUCACGGCCUUUGAGCAUGCUGCGCAGGAGCACAUCGAAGCAGAGCCUGGCCUCCACCCUCAAUUCGAUGGAAGCCAGCUCCGUCAGCGUUCUCAGUUCUGCAUCCACCGAAGCCACCACCGUCUCCCGAGAUUCAUCAAACACCGACAGCGCAUCCAUCCGCGAAUCGACGCCCAUCCCUAGCAGCGGCAAGGCCUUCAAUGGCGGAAAGAACAACAAGGAGAAUGCAUUGCACACCCAGAUCGAAGACCUCCUCACUGCAUUGACCGAAUUGCAACGAAACCAUGCAUCGCUCGCAAACGAACUCCAAAAGGAACGGGAACAGCGCGAGGACGAUAAGCAGGCCGUCCGGUCGCUACUGGAUGGUCUGCGCAAGAAGGCCAGCAACGACUCUGUCGGUACCGAUGCGAGCGUCGAUACUCUCAAGGCGACCGAUGACCCCGCAAAUGAGGCACGCGAGGGAGGCGAGGGAGAUGUGUCCACUGCCAAGACAGGCGAGCAAGAUACCCCGUCACCAGGAGACCUAUCACAGCUCCUCGAUAAUGUCGAAGAACGAUUCGGGCGCCAUGGCGGCGGCGGCGGCGUCGAACGCAGAAUGUCCAGAGGCGAAUCCAAAUCGCAAAUGCAACAGGAAUUGCAGCAACUCAAGGACCAGCUCGCCAGCGCGGUAUCACAGUCCCAGGACUACAACCGGAAAAUGCACGACCUAGAACAAGAAAUUACAACACUCAAGGAUCAAGUACGGGAAUCCCAUUCGCAUACACGCAUCUUGCACCAGGACAAACAGCGACUGGAGAAACAAAUACACACGAUGAGGGCGCGGGCCUCCGCCGCCGGUGCGGAGAGUAAUACUCAGCCCGAUGGCGAUUCGCCUGUGAGGAAGAGUUCUGCUAGUGGUGCGAGCGGCUUGAGAGAGUUGAAACUUGGCAGGAGCAAGUCAACUCCGUCCCAAGCUGGAUCGAUAUUCAGCAAGCGUUCCUCAUCAAUGCCGAAGCCUCACGACUCGACGCCACCACCGGCUACACAGGCGCCGCCUCCCGUGCCGGCUCCGCCACCGACGGAUGACCAGCACGAGGCGUUGCUGUUGGAGCUCGUGCAGGCCAAGACUUCCGAAGCUAUCGCCAGGCAAGAGGCCGAAGAGACGAAACAGAAGCUCGAGAGCUUAAGAAAGGCAUACAGCCUCGUUACUGGAGAGGCAGCACAGGCACAACCUGCAGCAACGGCGGCAGGAGCGGCAGCGUCGGCGGCCAUGGGCGUAUUUGGUCGCCUCACGGGAGCAGCGGCAGAGCCCGUCAAGCCUGCCGCGCCGACGCCCGCCCCAGCAGUAGCAGCCGCAGCAGCUCCCGCGCCCGCGGCGGGAGGCUUCUGGGGUUGGAGGAGAUAAUCAGGACCCUGGUCGACCUCUUUCAUGAUCACAUCGGCGUUCCAAACACAACAAGAUUAGAGGAGCAUUCGGAGCAUCUAGAGUAUUUUGCAUUCUGGUUCUUGCAACGGGUACCAGGCCCGUCUGCUCGUCACACCUUCAUCACUGCAUUCGGAAAGACGGGGCAAGAUGGCGGCUUUUUGCAUCUGUGGAAGUAGGCCUGCUCCACGCCUGGAGUCCAGGCCUGGAGGAGCAUUCUUUUUCUUCUUCUUUUCGAAACACAACCCAUUGCAUGGCAUUGGCAUUCUAGACUGUUUACUGAUUUUUAUUAUUCCAUUCAUACCAUUCAUGGCAUCGGAGUUGAGGAAAGGGCACUGUCCAGACCCCGACGGCGGGAGCGGACGGAUUAUCGUCUCCGCCCUUUAUGAAACUAGGGACAUCCGUCGGCCCCAUUUGUUUGUUCUUUUCAAUCCUCUCUUCCCCUUCCCCCAUCAUGAG